AUGCCAAAGCGAAGCAAUGAGGCCGAUGAUGAGCAUGCAUCCCCUGAUGUAAAGAAGACCAAGCUUGGCAGUCCAUCAGACGCUGUCAAUCUUAGCCAUAUCGAUUAUACAAUUGGAUGGAUUUGCGCAUUGUCAAAGGAGCAAACCGCGGCGAUCGCCAUGCUAGAUCGAAAGCACCCAGAUCUUCCAUCUCUCGCCAAUGAUGACAACGCCUACACCUUUGGAUCAAUUGGUGGUCAUAACAUUGUCAUAGCCUGUUUACCGAAGGGGAGGUAUGGGACCAAUUCUGCGGCGACGAUUGCAACGAAGAUGCUCAGCUCCUUUCCAUCCAUUAAAUUCGGGCUAUUGGUUGGGAUUGGAGGUGGUAUCCCGUCCAAGGUUCGACUUGGGGAUGUCGUGGUUAGCAUACCAAUUGAUCAGUAUCCAGGAGUUGUUCAAUGGGACCUGGGUAAAGCGGAAGACGGCGGAAGAUUUAAACGAACUGGAGCGUUGACAAGCCCGCCAAAUGCACUCCUCAAAGUUUUAUCCAAGCUGGAGUCUGAGCAUGAGAUGCAAGAGUCCAAGAUCCCCACCUUCUUGGAUGAAAUGAAACAGAAAUACCCAAAAUUAUACCCAAAAUACUUUUGGAAUCAGUCGCUUAGAGAUCCUCAAGAUCAAAGUGGCGAAGGAACGGCGAUGAGAUGCCCAGACAUUCACCAUGGCUUAAUCGCAUCUGGUAACCAAGUCAUCAAAGAUGCUGCAGUCCGCGACUGUCUCAACGAGGAUCUUGACGGGAAUGUACUGUGUAUUGAAAUGGAGGCAGCGGGUUUGAUGAACGAUUUUCCGUGCCUCGUUGUCCGGGGCAUCUGUGAUUAUGCAGACUCGGGGAAGAACAAGGACUGGCAGGAGUAUGCUGCUGCCGUAGCGGCAGCUUAUGCGAAAGAAAUCCUUUCCGUGUUGCAAAUUUGGGCUGUGGAGCACAUGGACCGUCUUAUUUACAUCUUGUCGAAUAUUAGUGCGGAACUUGGAAGCAUACAGACAGCUGUUGGUGGAAUGGCAACUCGACAGUACGCUCAAGCCCACCAAGCCUUUUUAAAUUGGUUAACACCAGUCGAUUAUACACUGCAGCAAAAAGAUUACUUCAGCAAGCGGCAACCUGGAACAGGUCAAUGGCUUCUCACAUCCAACAUAUUCCAAGAUUGGGUUGAUAAUAGCCAGCAAAUGUUGUUCUGCCCCGGGAUUCCAGGAGCUGGAAAAACGAUCCUUACAUCCAUGGUGAUUAAUGACCUUUUUGAACGGUUCAACAAAGAUACUACGGUGGGGAUUGCAUACCUAUACUGCAAUUUCCGACGACACGAUGAGCAGCAGCUACAUGAUUUAUUAUUAAGCCUACUAAAGCAAUUAGCCUACGGCCAGAGCUAUUUGCCGCAAAAUGCAAAGACAAUCUUUGAUACAUACAAAGGCAGAACUCAGCGCCCAUCGCUGGAUGAUACAAAAGAGCUUCUUAAAUGCAUGGCAGAUUCAUAUCUGAGAGUAUAUAUCCUUGUUGAUGCUCUCGAUGAAUGCCAAGGGUCAGAUGGAUGCCGUGCAAAUCUUCUAGCAAACAUGUUCUUUCUUCGGGAUGAGUCAAAGGUGAACAUUUUUGCGACUUCAAGACUAAUCCCGGAAAUUAUGGAAAAGUUUGAGGCUUGCAAACGCAUGGAAAUUCGCGCGAGUGAGAAUGAUGUGCGAAGAUACGUGCAUGGCCAACUAGACGGAGGUAACAUGGAGCACCUACCGUCUCUAAUCAAACACAAGCCAGACCUGAAAGAUGAGAUCAUAAAAGGCAUAUCAGAUGCCGUUGAUGGAAUGUUUCUAUUGGCCAAAAUCCAUCUCGACACACUCGUUGAUAAAAUCACAAUCGCCGAUGUUAGAGAGGCAGUGAUGCAGUUGCCUAAGCAAGUGUCAGGAUCUGGAGAAGACAAAAGAUUGGAAAUACUGAAUCAAGCAUACGAAUCCGCCUGGGAAAGGAUAAAUGGACAAAAAGAGGGAUUUCGGAAUAUUGCCACGCGCGUUCUAGCGUGGAUCUCCUUUGCAAAGCGACCAUUAUCUACGAAGGAACUUCAGCAUGCUCUCGCAGUUAAAAUCGGCAUAGAUGAGCUCGACGAAGAUGCUAUCCCACAAGUUCAAGAUAUGGUGUCAUUCUGUGCCGGUUUAGUUACGGUUGAUGAACAGAGCGAUGUCAUUAGACUGGCACACUACACAACGCAAGAAUUCUUCGACAGGAACAAGAGCGAUUGGUUUCCUAAUGCUGAGGCUAUGAUUGCAGAAACGUGCAUAUCUUAUCUUUCGUUGAAAGUCUUUGGAGAAUACCGCCUAGACGAAUCUAAUCUGGGCGAAUCUGAUCUAGAGUACCUGUGUUUCUGUGGACUUUAUAAUUAUGCCAGUUAUCACUGGGGUGACCACACACGCCUUGCUGGGACAAAACUGGAUGAUAGCGUCACUAGAUUUCUCAUGAGAGGGGCUGGGGUCUCUAGUGCCUUCCAUGUGGUGCUACAUCGCCUUCCGUUGAGUAGCGAGAUCAUCGACAAAUUCCCCUACUACAAUCGCAAACCCUUUUCGCCAGUGUCAGGUCUGCAUCUUGCUGUGCAAUUCGAGCUCUAUGAAGCAAUCAGCAUGUUGCUCAAGAAUGGGUGUGACAUAAAUGGGCGCCAUGGGUUGGAAGCGACACCGCUGUUAAUGGCUAUCAAUAAUGGAUACAUGGGUAUUGCCGAGAUGCUACUUGAUAAUGGAGCUCAUAUGGGUGCUGGGUCAGGCCAGAGCAUAUUAUAUGUGGCUGUUGCUAUGGGACCGAUAAACUACAGCGAAAGAUUUGUUCAAAAGCUUAUUGCAAAAGGCAUCGACGAUGGAGAGGACUUUUCGUUAUACUCGCCAUUCGCAGCUGAAUUAGGCCGCGAGGCCAUUGUGAAGUUAUUACUGGACGAGGGUGCCAACAUCAAUGCAGUAGACGACACUCUUCGGACGCCAUUGCACAUGGCAAUUAUGUAUGAUGAAGAAGCAAUUAUGAAGUUGCUUGUUGACCAGGGUGCCGAUAUUGAGGCAGCAGAUACCACUGGUCAAACGCCACUGCACUUUGCAGUUCGGUAUCACCGUGAUGCAGCUGUGAAGUUAUUGCUUGAUGAGGGUGCCGACGUUAAUGCAACAGACGAGUACCUUGAUACACCAUUACAUACGGCGGCUAUAAGUGGUAAUGGGGCAAUUAUGAAGCUUCUUCUUGAGAAGGGUGCCGAUAUUGAGGCAGAAGACAUCAUUGGUCAAACGCCGCUGCACUUUGCAGUUCGGUAUUACGAUGAUGCAGCUGUUACAGUAUUGAUUGACGAGGGUGCCAAUAUUGAUGCAACAGAUUAUCGUGGUCGGACGCCACUAGAUGUUGCCAAAAAGAGAUGA